AUGGAUAGCACCCCGGAGGAGGAACAAGAACUCUUACAACAGAGUGGCGCAUAUAGCUAUUUGCUUCGCCUCUGCGAUUCGCACCCUGGGCUGUACACCUUCCUCCUUUAUGAUGGCGUCCGCAUCAAAAAAUAUAGAAUUGAGGUAAUAACUCUCUGGUGGUCACUGGAGGACGUAGAACCGGCCUCCGGAGACAACUGUGCGGAACCGCCAGCGUCUGAGGACGCAUCGGACGCCUCCGACUUCCACUGCACCGAAAAGACCCAGGAGUCACCGGUCGCACGCAUCAAACCCCUGCCCAAAGUGCUUUAUGACUCUGUGCAGCGGUUUUCACAUAAAUAA